AUGGCCCCGCCGCUGCUGCUGCCGCUGCUGCCGCUGCUGCUGCUGCCGCUGCCGGCCCGCGGCUCCAGGGCCGGGCUGGAGGAGCUGCCCCACGUGGAGCGGUACGAGACGGUGCUGCCGCGGGAGCUGCCGGUGCCCCGGGGCAAGAGAGACCUCUCCGCGCCUCCGAGCACCUACCCAAGCCACGUCCUCUAUGGCAUCCGUGCAGAAGGCAGGGAGCACCUCCUGUGGCUGGAGAGGAACAGGGCCCUGCUGGGGCAGCACUACACCGAGACUCACUACUCAGCCAAUGGCUCCGAGAUCACGGAGCAGCCGGACACGCAGGAUCACUGCUUCUACCAGGGCCACGUGCGGGGACAGCCCGACUCGGCAGCGAGCAUCAGCACCUGCGGCGGGCUCAGCGGGUUUUUCCGGGUGAAUGAGACCACGUUCCUGCUGGAGCCGCUGGAGGGGGCCGUGGCCGGCCGGCACGCCGUGUACCGAGCCGCUCACCUGCGGGGCAAACGCGGCACCUGCCGGGAGCCCGGGGCCAGCCUGCAGUACGACCGCGAGCCCAAAAUCCCCGCGGCCAUGAAGCUCUACCGCUGGAAAUCAGGUCCGGUACAAAAAGGUCCCCGAUACGUGGAGCUGGUGCUGGUGGCAGACAACCAGGAGUUCAGGAAGCACAAGGACCUGCGCACGGUGCAGAACCGCAUGAAGGAAAUCGUGAACCACGUGGACAAGCUGUACCAGCCCCUUCGCCUGCGGGUGGCCCUGAUUGGCCUGGAGGUGUGGAACCACAGGGACAAAAUCACAGUCAGCCCCAACCCCGAGGUGACACUGGACAACUUCCUGCACUGGCGGGAGUCGGAGCUGCUGAGGAAGAAGCCCCACGACAACGCCCAGCUGAUCACGGGUGUUGAUUUCCAUGGCAACACCGUGGGGCUGGCCAAGAAGCUGGUGAUGUGCACCAGGGACUCGGGCGGCGUCAACCAGGACCACAGCACGAACCCCAUCGGAGCUGCCUCCACCAUGGCUCACGAGAUGGGGCACAACCUGGGCAUGUCCCACGACGAGGACGUCGCCGGCUGCCGCUGCCCUGUCCCCAAAGCUGACGGGGGCUGCGUCAUGGCAGGGAGCGUGGGGCUGGUGUACCCCAAGCUCUUCAGCCGGUGCAGCGAGCAGGACAUGUGGCAGUUCCUGGGGGACCCCCGCACCAGCUGCCUGCUGAACGCCCCGCGGGCCGACGAGCUCUACGGGGGCCCGGUGUGCGGGAACCAGUUCGUGGAGCGGGGAGAGCAGUGCGACUGCGGCACGCCCCAGGAGUGCUCGGACCGCUGCUGCAAUGCCACCACGUGUCAGCUGAGAGAGGGAGCCGAGUGUGCCCGAGGGGAAUGCUGCCAGGACUGCAAGGUGAAGGCUGCAGGAACGCUCUGCCGGGCCAGCAAGAACGACUGCGACCUCGCCGAGCACUGCAGCGGCCUGAGCGCCGAGUGCCCCGAGGAUGUGUUCCAGGAGAACGGCAUCUCCUGCCAGCACGGCAGCGGCUACUGCUACAACGGGGCCUGCCCUUCGCACGGCGAGCAGUGCCGGGCGCUCUGGGGCGCAGAGGCGCAGGUGGCUCCCGACGUCUGCUUCAAGCACAACAGCGAGCAGCACGUUCACCUGCACUGCCUGACCGAGUACGGCAAGCAGCCCUGCAGCCCCAAGGAUGUCAAGUGCGGCACGCUGCUGUGCCUGAGCGACAACACCCAGCCCAUCCUGGGCACCGGCUACUACUCCUUCGGCUACUACUUCGGCCGCUUCAAGUGCAAGGCGGUGAUCGCGGGCAGCGACGCCGGCGAGGCGGCCGAGUUGCGGCUGGUGCCCACCGGCGCCAAGUGCGGCGAGGAGAUGGUCUGCUACGCCGGGCGCUGCCAGAACCUGCUGGUCUACGGCGACAAGAACUGCUCGGCCAAGUGCAACAACCACGGGGUGUGCAACCACCGGCGCGAAUGUCACUGCGACCCGGGCUGGGCAGCGCCCUACUGCGAGCAGGAGAUUUCGGGGAUCGCCGCAGGGAGCGGCAGCGCGGUGCUGGCGGCCGGGCUGGCCGUGCUGGCCCUGGCCGGGGUCGGGCUGGCCGGCGGCGCGGUGCUCCUGAGAGCCAGGGCGGCGCGGCGCUCGCACAAAGGGAGCUCCAGCGGGACUCCCUCCGGCCUCGCCAACCCGCUGUUCCAGGAGGGCGGCCGGGCGCGGCCGGGUCGCCGCCAGCUGUCCCGCGGGGACAUCGGCCAGCCCAGCCUGCUCAGCAGCACGGCGGCCCCGCGGGCGGCCCGGCCUCACAGCCCCGUGCUGGCCCCGCGGUCACCGGGGCCACCUCGGUGCCCUCCGGCAUGGCCCCCGCAGGCGAAGCCGAAGCCGCCGAGCAAACCUCUGCCAGCGCUGAAGAGCAAAGCGCCGAGCCAGGGCGAGGGGCCGCCGGCAGCGACCCUCCCACCGAGCCCCUUUCAGCGGUGUCCCCCGCCCAAGGUGGCCCUGAAGCCGCCCGCAGGCAGGAGGUGA